AUGAACGUAGACUUUGAGCCGCAUGAAGACUUGGAGAUUAUUGGCAUCCCUUGCCUAACCUGUGCUACCAAGCAUCUGUAUGAUCGGACUGUGGAGCCAGAUUCUGGCUUGGGGUGCAGCAGGCAUCUUCGCCAAAUCUCCCAGAGGACCAUAAGCACUGCUUCACGCAGGCAGUUUGAAAAUAGAGUUGCUGAGAAGCAGAAGCUUUUUCAGGAGGAUAAUGGCAUCCCAGUGCAUCUUAAAGGUGGUGUAAUGGAUUCUCUGCUGUAUAAAGUCACCAUGGGUCUUACAGUUUUUGGAACAGCCUAUGUUAUUUACGAGCUUCUUGUUGCUUCAAUGCCCAAGAAGCAGAAAUGA